UGCCACUUAGAAAACCUGCAAAGCAGCAUGGGGUUCCCAGGACAGCCUACAACUGGGCUGGCUAGCUUUAUAAUGCUAGAAAACAGAAACAUUUGUCUUACAUGGGAAAAAAGAAGACAUCCAGAAUAACCCCUCGAUUGGCAGUGAGACGCAUAGCUAUGCAGCACGACAGGUCCACAUUUCUGAUGUUCCAGACCCAGAUACAGACUGGCAGCUCCUCAGCUCCUCCAUGUGUGUCACUGCCCUUUGCAAGCUGUACUUCUGCUCUCAAAGACGUUCCCACCCUGGUCAGAGCUCCAUCCCUACUUCUGGGCCAUGUUCUCAUCCAUACUACGAGUUCCAGUACCUGCUCUAGUCACCACUGCCAAAACUGCUACAAUGGAGGUGGUUUCAGCAGAAGUGAACAGCUUGCUCCCUGAGGAAAUAAUGGACACCGGGAUAACGCUGGUGGAAGAUGACGGCAUCGAGGCGGUUAUUGUGUCAUCACCGAUGGGAGAUUCUAUUCCAAUGGAAACAGAACUGGAAGAAAUAGUGAACAUAAGUUCCACCGGUGACUCUUCAACUACGACUACAGCCCCAGUCACCGCAGAACCGGUUACUGCGCCCAGUAAUCACUCAGGCGAUGCGGCGGUGAACACCGCAACUGCCAAAACGGAGGGAAACUCGAUAGUAAAGCCUGCCUUUCAAAGUGGCCUCCAUAAACUUGGUGCUCAGACCCCGGUCACUAUCUCAGCCAAUCAGAUUUUUUUGAACAAGACUGCCGACCUUAAAAUAGGCAAUCAGAGUAUUAAACCAGACGGGCAAAAGCUCAUCGUAACAACUUUGGGCAAGUCUGGCCAACCCAUUGUUUUAGCAUUACCCCACAGCCAGCUCCCGCAGGCGCAGAAGGCUGCAUCCCAAGGCCAAGCCGGAGACUCGAAGGUACAAGGCCAGCAGAUCAAAGUUGUUAUCGGAGGCCGGUCAGAAGUGAAACCUGUUGUUGGUGUCUCAGCUUUGACGCAAGGAAGUCAGCUGAUAAAUACUGCCGCCCAGCCUUCUGUUUUGCAGACCCAGCAAUUAAAAACAGUACAGAUUGCGAAGAAGACCCGAACCCCAACUUCUGGCCCAGUGAUCACCAAGCUGAUCUUUGCAAAACCAAUCAAUAGCAAAGCCGUUACAGGGCAGACCACUCAAGUGUCACCAGUCAUUGCAGGCAGGGUUCUUUCGCAGUCUGCUCCAGGAACACCACCAAAGACAAUAACGAUCUCUGAGACUGGAGUUAUUGGAUCCUCUUUGAGUACAACACAACAGACACCGAAUAAAAUAGCUAUCUCACCACUCAAAUCCCCCAAUAAGCUAACAGUGGUGUCAGUGGCCUCCCAGCCUCCCAACUCCCCCCAGAAGACGGUGGGCGUCCCACUGAAUGUAGCGUUAGGACAGCAGAUCCUCACAGUGCAGCAGUCAGCACCCUCCUCCCCUGGGAAGGCCAUAGUCAACCACACAACCGCGCAGGCUGUGAAAUCAGCAGUGCAGACCAUUACUGUAGGAGGAGUGGGUACAUCUCAAUUUAAGACAAUUAUUCCCUUGGCAACUGCACCCAAUGUUCAGCAGAUUCAGGUACCUGGAAGCAAGUUCCAUUACGUCAGACUCGUUACUGCCACAACAGCCAAUAGUUCAACCCAGUCGGCCAGUCAAACUCCCAGUACAAAUACACAGCCUCUCCAACAGGCAAAGCCAGUGGUGGUGAAUGCGACCCCAGUGCGGAUGUCUGUUCCCAUAGUGCCGGCCCAGACUGUGAAACAGGUGGUGCCCAAACCAAUCAACCCAACUUCCCAGAUAGUCACUACCAGUCAGCCCCAACAAAGACUUAUUAUGCCAGCCACUCCACUGCCACAGAUACAGCCCAACCUCACCAACCUUCCCCCAGGCACUGUCCUGGCACCAGCACCUGGCACAGGAAACGUCGGCUAUGCAGUCCUUCCAGCUCAGUAUGUCACACAGCAGUCAUCAUACGUAUCUAUUGCAAGCAACACUGGCUUCACAGGGACAUCUAGUAUUCAGUCCCAAGCACGGCUACCAUUUAAUGGAAUUAUUCCUUCUGAAUCUGCAAAUCGCCCCCGGAAGCCUUGCAAUUGUACAAAGUCUCUAUGUUUGAAAUUGUACUGCGAUUGCUUUGCAAAUGGUGAAUUCUGCAAUAACUGCAACUGUACAAACUGUUACAACAACCUGGACCAUGAAAAUGAUAGGCAAAAAGCAAUAAAGGCCUGCCUUGACAGAAACCCUGAAGCCUUCAAGCCCAAAAUAGGUAAAGGAAAGGAAGGAGAAUCAGAUCGGCGACACAGCAAAGGGUGUAACUGUAAACGCUCCGGAUGUCUCAAAAACUACUGUGAAUGUUACGAGGCAAAAAUCAUGUGUUCUUCCAUAUGCAAAUGCAUUGGCUGCAAAAAUUUUGAAGAAAGCCCAGAGCGAAAGACAUUGAUGCAUUUAGCGGAUGCUGCCGAAGUUAGAGUCCAGCAGCAGACGGCUGCGAAGACCAAGUUAUCUUCCCAGAUCUCAGAUCUCCUAACAAGGCCAACACCAGCACUCAGCAGUGGUGGGGGGAAGCUGCCCUUUACGUUUGUAACCAAGGAGGUGGCCGAUGCAACUUGCGAAUGCCUUCUCGCGCAGGCUGAGCAAGCCGAGAAGUUGGGCAAGUCGAAAGCUGCGGCAGAGCGCAUGAUCCUGGAGGAGUUUGGACGCUGUUUGAUGAGAGUGAUUAACUCUGCGGGCAAGUCCAAAAGUGACCCUUGUGCCAUGAACUGCUGACGCGUGCACAAGAGCCACAAUGAAGUGGACUGAACAGAACACUUAAGGCACAGGGACACUUUGGUUUGGCAUAGAGGAUUUAAUAAUACUCGUUAAUUUGGUGCUUGUUUUAAAUUGAUUUGCGGAAGAUGAAACAAGAAAAUAUUUUAUAUCGAGAUUUAGAGCCUUUUAAAUCUUAACUAAAUCCUCUUCUAUGUAAGAUGAUGCCUAAAGGUCAAUUUUUCUUCCUGAUGUACAGCUUUUAACGUGGGUUUCUUAAGGGAAAAAAAAAAUAGCUGUUUUCUCCCCUUUCCCUCAAAAUAAUUGCCUGAAGGGCAUAUAUAAAUGAUUGUAAUAUAUAUUAUUUACAGUAUAUGGAGUUGCAUUGCUUUGUGUGUACAGGAAAAUGCAGAUGAUGGCAAGAACCAGAUGACACUUUUGGCAACAGGCUCAUAAUGAAGAGGUAUCUGUGUGUCGAAGUUAGUUCUAAAAGGCAACGUCUGGAAAUGAGCAUCUAAAUGGAAGGUGGUACCCAUAUGUGGGACGUAACACAGCAUGCUUCUUCAGUGCACAGAGCAGCGUGAAAUAUGCAGGCGAGUACAUGGGGAUUGCUUGCAGGUCUAGUGUUGGACAAGUGGUUGAGAAUCUCGCUUGAGCAGACCCCAAGGAAUUUGGAGGCAAACUGGAUAAUUGGGAAUUUUUUAUAUGAUCAUGGAUGAGGGCUCAGGUGUAUUUUAAGGUGGAACUCAGAGGCUGACGGUGGCCUGCUCUUGAAAGUGAGGAAGAGCAGCUGUGCCACAGUGCCAAGCUGUCUGCCCAGCGUGUGGUGUUAGCUGACUGCAGGAGGUAGGUGCUGUUGCUUGGGUGAAGCUCUGUGUUCAGAGGCCUGCAGGAGCCUAAUCCCUCACUGCAGGUAGGGAUGUGCAGUCCGUUGUGUUUUCUAGGGUGAAGCUGUUGCCCUGGAGAAGUGUUUAAGCCUGAGAAGCUGAGGUCACGGGAGACCAUGGAGCCACAGUUGUCUUAAUGAGGACUUGAGACAAUCUGGCUUUUAACUGACCUGUGACCACAGGUGGAGGUUACAUUCAGCCUGGUUAUGUGUUUCCAUGAUGCUGCUUCUCAGUAUCUUGGUGGUUUAUUUGGCGUAAGGGUUUUUUAAGUGUUGUUUAGAAUGACAGAGAGUGCUGUGAUUGGGGGAGGAUGCUAGCGCAGAAUCAAGGUUGCUGCCAAAAUAGAUCUAUGGACCCUUUGAUCCAAAAAGGAGGAAAAUAUACCAACAUAACACACAAAUCACCUUAGAGCUCUGUGUAGAUUGGAGCAGGGGAUUUUCUUCAGUAUUUGUUACAGGCCAUCUCAGAUCACGUUUCUGAUAGUAGAAUACAUUUGCAAAAACCUACCAACGUGGUAGGUUGCUUACCUAAUGUGAAUGUCAAUAACAAUUUUAAUAACUGUCUCAUUGCUGCCUGAACAAGAUGGCUUUUCUUUUUUUUCCAAAAAGGAUUUUGCAUUCUUCAUGUAAAACUGUAAACACAGAGAUGUGGCAGAGCUCUUCCUCGAGGUUUUCUGGCGGGGAUAAGCUGGGAAAAGACAGGGGCCAGGCAAACGUGCAGCAGAGCCGAGCACCUACAGGUGUGUUUGAUGGCAAUAGGACAGGAAGAGGCUUCUGCUCCCUGUCUUCGCCCUGGGGCCCUGCGUGGUGAGCAAAAGGCCCUUUGUCCUCCAUGCUUCCUUGUGCCCCCCUCCCCAGGAUGGCUCGGGAGCAUGAAGGCCCUGGGAGGUGGGCCAGUUUGGUGUCCUGCUGGUCACCGUCUGAAGGGCUCUGCCUGGUGGAAGCAUCUCCCUCAGCAUAAACCGCAAGUCUGAUAGUGCAAAUCUCUGAGAAAGGAAUCCAUGUCUCAUGUAAGUAACUACUUUCUUUCCGUAAUUAAGACUUGGGUUUAUUAAAAGUCAGUACAGUAACUUUACAUGUAGAUAGGGCAGAUACUCAGUUUACUUCUAGUGAGCUAACAUAGUAUGUCCAGUAAGAUUUGUAUAAAUGUAAAUUAGUGUAAGUGAAUAAAGUAAUAACUACGUACAUUAUUUUUUAAACAGAUUGCAAUAUGCCUUCUUUUGUUUAGACUUCAAUCCAUGUUAAUUUUGUAUAUAUUCUGUGUCUUACUCUAAAUUGCACCUUUUGUGAUGUGUAUUUAUAUACAGUGUGCAGAAACACUUGUGAAAUUUAGAUUACAGUUGUAAUUAUGUAUGAUGGCAUUGCUUGAGAAUAUUUUACUUGUAAAGACUUUGAAGGUGCAAUCAAAUGCUCUUAGUUUUUUUGGUUUUACUUUGAACAAGCUUUCUCCAAUAUUAAGCUGGGAUUCCUCUCUCCCCUCUCCCUGGUGUGAUACGUAUGGAUUGGGUUUUGUACUUCCUUAGCCAUUUGAAUCAAACUGCUGGACAAGAUUUACAGUCAAGCCCAUCCAGUUACAUAAAAAUAAUUGGGAACGGGGCAAGGGUUCAUUUUCUAGUUCUGUUUACAUCUGAAAGUAGAAAAAUUAAAUUUAUAUUUACUAGACCUAUUCAAAGAAUACACUUUUCUAUAUUGUAAAAAUAAAACAGUCAGAUAAAUCACAAAGAAAAAUAAACAUUUAUACUAUUCU